AUGGCUCCUACCUACCUCAAGGAAGCGAACCCCGCAGCAAAGGCGGCGGGCGUCAAUCCUUCCCUCGAUGUUACCGGCAUAGUGAAAGGAGUCAUCGACACGAUUCGCAAGGACGGUGACGAUGCCGUCCGCCGCUACAGCGAGCAGUUCGACAAAUGGUCGCCACCUUCUUUCAAGCUCUCAAAAGCCGAUAUCGAACACGCCAUCUCGCAAGUUUCCGAACAAGUCUUACGAGACAUUCAAACGGUUCAGUCCAACGUCCGGAAAUUCGCGCUAGCUCAAAAAGACUCUUUGAAUGAGUUCGAGUUAGAGAUGGCGCCGGGCGUAUUUCUGGGUCAAAAACAUAAUCCGAUCGAUUCCGUGGGCACUUAUAUCCCAGGAGGCCGAUACCCUCUCCUCGCUUCAGCACACAUGACAAUCUUAACCGCCAAGGUCGCUGGUGUUAGGAACGUCAUUGGGUGCACGCCUCCCGCCGCUGGAAAGAUCCCCAACGAGACCGUGGCGGCCAUGCACUUCGCUGGUGCGGAUGAGAUAUUCAUCUUGGGUGGAAUUCAGGCCAUCGCCGCCAUGGCGAUCGGCACAGACUCUGUGCCGAAAGUUGACUUUAUCGCAGGGCCCGGUAAUGCGUUCGUUGCAGAAGCUAAACGGCAAUUAUUUGGCGAGAUCGGGAUUGACCUUUUCGCAGGUCCGACCGAAGUGCUCAUCGUUGCCGACGAGACGGCUGAUGCGUUCAUGGUGGCUACAGAUCUCCUGUCUCAGGCUGAACACGGGCCUGAUAGUCCCGCGGUGCUGGCUACUACUUCGGCAGAUCUUGCUCGAAAAACGAUGAGCUUGUGUGAUGAACUCUUGAAAGGACUGGCCACCGCGCCUAUAGCUAGCGUUUCGUGGAGAGAUUAUGGCGAGGUGAUUCUUGCGGAAUCGCUCGACGAGGCGUAUCAUAUAGCGGAUGAAUACGCGUCAGAGCACGUGCAGAUCCUUACCUCUAGACCUAGAGAUGCGCUUGAGAAGAUGAAAAAUUACGGCGCGCUGUUUCUGGGGCCCAUGACUUGCGUGUCGUACGGUGACAAGUGCAUCGGAACAAAUCACGUCCUUCCUACAAAAGGCGCGGCGAGAUAUACAGGUGGACUUUGGGUCGGCAAAUUCCUCAGGACCGUGACCUAUCAGGAAGUCAGAUCUGCGGAGGAGAGCGGCAAGCUUGGACGGCUUUGUGGUAGGGCCGCCCGGGUAGAGCUGUUCGAAGGCCAUGCGAGGUCGGGAGACCUUAGGGCGCACUUACAUCUUAAGGACGAAUUUGACUGGAUUAAAUCUGAGUCGUGA